GGCCUUCGGCGUGGUGAUAUGCUCCCAGUGCAAGCGCGAUGAACCGCUCAUAUCGAAGGCAAACGCGCUCUCGCGCUACUGCCUUACUGCGAAGGACCUGCAGGACUUGGGUUUUGUAACCAAGGACAAUCCGCAGAAGAAGGGCUGGAGCGCCAUGAAGCUGUACCUCAGAAGCCAGGUGGAGCAACGCGCCCGGCGGAAACACGGCGACAUGGACACCAUUCAGCAGCUGCGGCACGACAAGGCACAGGCCAAAGUGCGGGGGCUGCUGGAGAAGCGCACGCGAGUCGCCGCCGAUGACGAUGAGGACGAGGAUGGGGAGGAGGACGCCGAAGAGGAGGCAGACGGCGCCGCGGCACUGGCGGGCGCUGGGCCCGUGAAGGUGAAGCUGAGUGCGGCGGCGGCGCGUGUGCGCGCCCGCCUGGCUUCGGAGUAUGAGGGCGGAGCUGGCAGUGCGGCUGGCGGCGCCGCAGCCCCGGCUGCAGCUGCAGCUGCUCCGGCGGCUGCUGCCGGCGGGACCGGCGCAUACGGCGGCGGCGAGGAGUCGGCAGCGGGCGCCGCCGCGGCAGCGGCGGCGGCAGACGUGGAGGAGUUUUGAGGCAGCAUCACCACAUUUGGGGCUUUCCUACUUGUGAUCAUCACAGCAGUGAUCCCACCACUCCUUCAUCGCGGCUGAAACGGCCAACCUGCUAGCGUCCCCACGCCGGUGCAGCGGUGGUCGCCAUGCGGGCCGAGCCAGCAGUCAUCUCAGCAUACGCGCCGCCGCCGCCUCCACGCCCUGCUGGCACGCAGUGGAGCUACUGGCCGCAGCUACCCAUGUCACCACCCUAGGCCGCGCCUGUCGCCAUCACACGUGACCCAGCAGUCCGCGGCCCGCAGCGCAGCGCCAGUCCGAAGCAGCCCGCGGCCUGGGAGCCCAGCUCAUAUUUUGCGUGGCUCGUACAGGGCAAUGCAUAAGUGAUAUGCGGCCUGGCGGCGGUACUCCCGGCGCACGCAGCAGUGCCUGAAACGCCGCCGGUGCUACCGGCGCACGUGUGGCGCAGAUGGACCGCACCAGGCGCUGGAGCCCUCAGGCUAUGAUGUAAGGCGCCACAGGCGUUUCAGCCGCAGAGGGCGCGUCACUUCUACCAUGCUGCGACGGGUUCUGUGCCGGGUACUGUGGGACCGGGGCGCUCAUACGGGCCCUUCGGCUGGCUGUGACUGCGGGCAAGGCAACGUGGGUGGGCUGGACCUGGGUGGCCAGGGGCGCCCCACACGCCUGGGGUUGCAUGGGCUGUCCUUUGACGCACGUGCCGUGUGCACUAUCGGGGUGUUGCGCAAGGCACGCGUCCAAUGCAGCACCCCGCGCGGUGCUCCGCAGUGCUGUGGGGGCGCAGUGCUGUGGGGGCUGCUGAUGCUUGGGUGGCACAGCCCUGGUUCCGUGCUGGAGGCCGUGCGUAUGCGGCUGGGAUGGUAUGGGUGUGGGGCGCCUGGUGGGGUGCCGUCAUGGUGUGUGUGGGGAGCAGGGUAGGGCAGUAGUGCCAGCAUCCACUGGGUGAGGGCGCGAACCGCAUGCAGCGUUACGCUGGACUCGUGAUAGAAAGGCCCACAAGUGCCGGGUAGACCGUUUCUAUGUGUGGCGGUACUGGCGUGGCUGGACUCAUGGCGGGCGGUGCCUGUGCAAACCGACCCCGGCUAUGUCUGGGAGCGGCCUCAGAUGUAGCGUGGGCGGGAGACGUAGCGUGGGGGGCGCAGCCCAUUUGUCCUUUGUGAGGGAAAACCGACUUGUGUAAUACUCAUGCAUGACGGGGAAGUGUGUAACUCGGGAUUCCG